AUGGCGUUCACCGCUGCUGUUGCAGACGGCUCUCUGUUCCCCACGCCCGCGGCCGGCCGGCGGAGCGGUCGCAAGAGAAAAGGGCGCUGGAGUGCACUGCCCGUUUGUCCCGCGUUCGUAUCAUGGUCCUCGUUCGCCCUCGGGGCGCAAAUCGACGGUAGGGCGUGCUGCGGGGCGACGCACCUGUUCCGCCGGCGCCUAGUUUGGGCACAGCUUGCGAUCACUCCGGCGCAAGGGCGGAACGUGCCCGGCUCACAUGCGCGGCCGUUGAGACAAAGCGAUGCUGGAUUCCUGGACUGUCGGACGGCUGGAUUGGCAGCAAGGCAGCAAGCGGGAGGGUGUUGCGAACGAGCGGGUUCGAAAAGCAAUUCUCGCGCGCAGGCCUCCGCCUCUUCACGUCGGCCUCCAUUUCGGCCUCUCGCCCCGAUAAGCGCAUCGGGACGCCGAUCCCCCGGCUCAGCUCGAGGCGCGUGCGCGGCCUUGCCCGACAUCCACAGGCAUGGCUGUUUAACUCCCUCCCUCACUCUGUCGCCCCCCGCCGACACUAUAGCUACCAACGCAACACCAACCCACUCCACUCACCAACCCCCCUCAGAGUCUCCCUCACCAGGACCUCUGAACCCAAGCCUAGCCCCGCGCAGCUUCCGUUCGCCCCAAGUAACCAUUUCCCCGUUCGACUUUACGUCGUUCACCACGGCUUCUCAACAAACAUGGCUUCCCUCACCAGCUUCUCAAGCCUCACGGCCGCUACCACCGUUAUCCCAGACCGAAUUCGUCCCACCUCAAGCGGACUUUGUCCUGUUCGAUCAGCCGGCAGAGGUCUCAAGGCCCCAACGUCGACCGAGCGCUCCUCAGCCUGGGCAUUCGUUUAACCUCGAUCACUUCUACGCAAAUUCUGCUCCCUCAUCAUCAGUAGGAUUUCAGCAACAUCAACAACGCACCUGUACUCGUCCACCGGUUCCUCUUUUCUCUGGCAAUAGCACCCCAAACAUUCAUCAGCAACUGCAUCACCCCGGAAACAUGGCUGGUAAUACCUACCCAUCCGCGCAUCGCCCGUAUUCACGCACAAAUCUAACGCACGCUUCAGACAUCAACGUGGCAUACGACUCGAUGGGUACGGGGCUCGGCCCGGCCUACGGACACCUUGACACCAGCGCGGAUAUGUGGGACUACUCGCCCUCGACAUUCACACCUGUCAACGAUGUCUCCGCGUCUGGCUCGACCCGGACUGUGUCUCCCAAGGACAUUUUCCAGGAUCCCCUGGCGUCGGCUCCAGCGUCUGCCGCGUUCACGAAUCUUACGUCUCCUGACAUUGGUGACUCACCAUUCAUCACGGAUAGCUAUGACACAUCUCCACUGUUCAACGGAGAGAGCGAUCUGCACGGGUCUGACGCCUGGUUCACACUUUUCCCUGAGAGCAACGACAAGACAUCUCAGCCAGCAUCCAACUCUCUGGAGCGCACUGCCAGCAGCAACUCCAUGGCCCGGUCGAGCUCGUCAAGCACAAACUCUCCUGUGAUCCUUGAUGGAUCUCACAGGCGCAAGUCAUCGAUUCAGGGAUCUCCAGCCACCCACUCUGCGGCAAAUGGUGUCAAAGCCCGCCGUCGCAAGGGCCCCCUUCCCCCUAUUGCUGUCGACCCACAUGACAAGGUUGCCUUGAAGCGAGCUCGCAAUACUCUUGCUGCUCGCGACUCACGCCAACGAAAGUUCGACCAUGUCUCCACCCUGGAGAAGAAGAACGCGGAAUUGGAGAGCGAGGUAGAGAAGUGGAAGAGCAUUGCUUUCGCACACGGCUACAGUGGCCCGUGA